CACAUUCAUUCGGCUUUAUUCACAAAUCACAGUCGACUAUUUUUUUGUCUAUAGAGAAAAAUAUAUUUUUUAAUUUAUUUAUAAAAGCCAAGAGUAUAAUCCUAAAUAUUUACUAGUCAGUGGCCACAUUUCAUGUUACAUUUUAUAUUUGUUGUUUAAUAAAAGUUAUAGCAAUGUUUGUAAAAUAUGCCUUUCGGUUUGAAGUGAUUUUUCUCCUAGUUUUGACUACUGAAUUGCUUCUACAGUUUGUGGCAGGUUCACCAUGUGUAAGGUUUGUAACACAAAAUCAUUCUAAAGAUCCUUAUUGUGACGAUGACUAUUGUUAUGGAGGCGGAUUAGUUGAAGAUGAAAUUCAUUUAUACUGUGAUGAAACAAAUCUGGAUGAAAUAUAUGAAGAUGUUUCUAAAGAGACUGUUCGGUACAGCCUCACAAUUAAAAACACGGCUUGGUCUCAAAUGGAUGUAAAUCCAACUACCUGGAAUAACAUAUUCGAACUAUCUAUGUCCAAUACGAGCACAGUGAAAAUUGUUCCUGGAUUUUUCAACAAGCUGGUAGAAUUAAAAACUUUAGAGAUAACCAAUAAUAACUUAAGCGGAAUUGUAGAUGGCACGUUCAGUGCACUGGGUUCUCUUAAGAGACUAAAUUUAAGCUAUAACGCCAUAACAUAUCUAUCAGAACAUAGCUUUUCAGGUCUGCUGGAAUUAAAGUUUCUGGAUUUGAGUUACAACAAUAUCUCAUUUAUGGAUUCUAAAGUUUUUUCAUUAAAUUCUGAUUUAAGAUAUGUUCACUUAGGGCAUAAUUUUCUGGCAAAUGUAGAAUUCACAGUUUUUCAAAAUGUAUUUACUAUUGAUCUGUCUUCCAACCGAUUAACUAAUUUUAGUUUUUCUAACCAAAGUAUUAGUAAUUCGAAUUCAAAAUUCUACAAAAGUGUAGAAUUCUUUAAUAUUAGUGGAAAUUUUUUCGAAAUUAUAGAAGAACAUUUUGUAGGACCAGAAGUAGAUACAGCUGAUUUGAGUUAUAACUUAAUAACUGCACUAUCAAAAGAUGCGUUUUCAACUGCAUUAAAAUUACAAUAUCUGUAUUUAAAUAACAACAAACUCACAUCGAUACAUAAAGCUACAUUUCGUCAACAAAUAAAUCUAAAAUAUCUGGAUUUAUCAUCCAACCCUAUUGUUACCAUUCCAUUCGGAUUAAUGAACAAUCUAAAUUCAUUGAUAUAUCUCGAUUUGUCUAAUAGCAAGGCGCUUCUUGAUUUUCACUUUCUAUUUACACUAAAGAAGUUAAAAAUAUUGAAAAUUUCUAACACGAAUAUGAAAAAUUUCGAUAUCAAUUUGAUCGUAAGUUAUUUGAACGAUUUGAAAAAAAUAUCUUUUAGCAAUAGCGUUUGGACGUGUAAGGAAUUAUUACAUAAUAUUAAUAUUUUUCAAAAGAAUAACAUUACCGUACUACCCGGUAAUAAUACAGAAACGCAAAAUUUUUUCGGCAUUUCUUGCCUGGACAGUGAAAAUGCCAAGGAAGAGACCAUCACUAUUAAUAGAAAUAAUGACGGAAAAGAUGACAGUUCAAGGCAAGACUCGCUUGAAAAAUUCCUCGACUCCGGUUUCAAAAAUACCGCUUUUUAUAAGUUUUUCGAAAGUUUCAAUAAUUUUCGAAAUUCAAGCACUGUUCCUGAAAAAAAUUCCAUAACUCUAAAUUUGGAUAAAAAUUUAACAAACUCAAAUUUAUAUAAAUUGUUAUUGCAAAACAUUAUACACGAUAUUUCUGUUUCUCAAAUACCUGCAAAUAUGUCGACAAAUGUUGCAAAUCGUUUAGAAUUAACUGAGACAUUUUUUAAUAAAGAUUUUAAAAAUACAUCUUUCUAUAAGUUUUUUGAAAGUUUCAAAAAUUUUCAAAAUUCGAACCAGAUGCCUGAUAAAAAUUCUAUAAAUCAAAAUGUGGAUAGUAACUUUACUAAUUUAAAUUUAUAUAAACUAAUAUUACAGAAAAUUCUAGAUGAUAUUCCCGUUUCUCAAAUAGCUUCAAAUAUAUCCACAAGUUUGAAAAAUCAGUUAGAACUCAAAUCACAUAUACUAAUUUUAGAUAACAAAACAAUGUCCAAAAACACGGAUCCGUUAGGAUCACCUUCACAAUUUAAUUUUCUUAAAAACUUCACCUUUCAACAAAAUGAACAAAUCAAAAAUAAUAUGCUGCAAUAUCAAAACAUAACAUUUGGCGCAUUGUCGAAAUAUUUCGAAGAGAACCCAGUUAAUCAUGAAAAUCUUAUUUUUAUGGACAUUAUGGUGUUUUUAGUCUUAGUAUGUAUAGUUUUUUACAUUUAUUAUUCAUUAUUUAGACAAAAGAAACCGAUGGAAUCAAGGGAAGGUGUACAAUUGAUAUAAAUACAGUAGACCCUCGAUUAUCCGACCUAAUGUGGGCGGUACCCUAGCUCGGAUGAUUGGCGGCACUGAUAAUCCGGAUUUUUUAAAUUUUGUUUUUGAUAUACAGGGUGUCUCAAAAAGCAUGUGCCACCUCUCGCGAGGAGAUUCCUCACGUAAAAAUAAAAUUUAUUUUUCAUAUCAACAUCCGAUUCUGCUUUGUUUCGUAGCUAUGGGGUGUUUCUUAAUAUUUUUUCGAUUUAAAAUUUUCUUCCAAGCGUUUCGAAUGAAAUGUUGAGGGUAAAACUUACUAUAAAUGCAACAUAUUUUAAAGUCAAAAAAAUGUUGACAUAUUAACCAGAGACGUGCAUAUGGGAUAAACACUGGAAUAUUUUUUUCUAAUAAAAGCAUGUA